CAUUCCUUGUCCACUCAUGAUCUUACAUACAACUUAGCAGAAACACAGUCAUAACCGUCUUGUGCGAAUUCGAUUUGAAAUCUCGGAAUCGGAGGUCGACGAGAAGGGGAAAAAAAUGGCGAAUCCUCGUCCUGGACUCGCAAUUCUCGGAGCCGGAAUCUUCGUCAGAACGCAAUACAUUCCCAGGUUAGCUGAGAUCUCCGAUCUGUUCGUCCUCAGGGCAAUCUGGAGCCGCACGGAGGAAUCUGCGAAAGGAGCAGUGGAGAUAGCGCGAAAGCAUUUCCCUGAUGUGGAGUGCAAAUGGGGAGAAGAGGGUCUGGAUGAGAUCAUUCGAGACAAUUCGAUCGUCGGUGUCGGUGUAGUUUUAGCUGGACAAAUCCAGGUCGAAAUGUCAUUGAAGAUGCUAAAGGCAGGGAAACAUGUCCUUCAAGAGAAACCAGCUGCCGCAUCAAUCAGUGAGAUCGAAACUGCAAUCUCGAGCUACAAGAACAUUUCUACUGGUUCCCCAAGCCCAUCAAUCUGGGCUGUGGCCGAAAAUUACCGUUUUGAGCCUGCUUUUGUUGAGUUGAAGAAACUGGUAGGAGAAAUCGGGACUAUGAUGAAUGUCCAACUAAUUGUCGAGGGAUCAAUGAAUAGUUCAAACCCUUAUUUCUCAAGCUCCUGGAGGCGAAACUUGGGGGGAGGUUUCAUUUUGGAUAUGGGUGUGCAUUACAUCGCAGGGCUAAGGAUGCUUGUUGGGUGUGAAGUAACAUCAGUAUCAGCAACCACUACUCACGUGGAUACGAGUUUGCCUGCUCCGGACAACAUAACAUCCAACUUCCAACUUGAGAACGGAUGCUCUGGAGUUUUCGUGAUGGUUGUAUCUUCAAAAUCUCCCAAGAUACUCUGGAGGGUUGUCGGAUUGAAGGGCACUGUUCAACUUGAGCGUGGAAUGCAAGAGGGAAGACACGGUUAUCUGGCCACUGUUUACAGCGACAGAGGGGAAACGAGGACCAUUUUUUACCCCUUCAGUGGAGUGACCGAGGAGUUGAAAGCGUUCUUCCACGACGUUUCGCAGGCUUCAGCCUCGCAGGAAGGAGAGCCUCGUCUGUCAUACUUGGAAGGAGCUAGAGAUGUGGCCGUUCUAGAGGCAAUGCUCGAGUCAGGCGCAAAGGAUGGAGCCCUCGUCCCCGUCAAGAGAUUCUAACACUAACAUUGAGAUGCCAUGUCAUAGAUUUAAUAAUAAUAAAAGAAAAAGAUCCUUCCCUUUGCUUUCCAUUU